AUGGAUUCGCCCGCGGAAACUAAAGUUAACAAGAAAAGGAUAAGCAAUAUAUUCAAACAUUCUCAUGACUUCCUUAAGAUUGGUCGCAAAGUGAAAUCGACGACGGAGGCAAAGAAGCAAAAAGAUGCUCAAGUCAAAGGUAAUGGUAGACCUUCUGGGUCAGGCAGAAAAAACAAUAAACAAGAAAACUCCGAAAAGGAAAACAUGCAGACUAUCAAUCAUUCAACUUCAGACCAACAACAGCCCACCCUUAAUCGUUUUUCCAAAAUUAACAAGGUUAAAAUUGUGGCUGACUGCCGGCCAGGAAUUCAUGACAAUAUUCCUUUUAAUCCACAUUAUCUCAAAAUAUCUAACAAUGUUCCACAAAUCGAUCACAAUAAUGUUGGAACACAAGAAACGAUGUUGCAAGUGCAACUGUUGCAUCAACUCAUCAAUCAAUUAAAAGAACUUUUGGAACAGGAAAGGCGUGACAUUCUCGGUCCCGCAAAUAAUCUAUUAUUUAUUCAUUCUCAAUUGUCCGAAAUCGAAAUAUCCCGAGAUAACACGGUGCGUCAGGCAAGCUUCGCAUCACGAGACACAAUCAACACCUUAGAGGCCUAUUUCAGACCUCUGAACGAACUCUCGGAUGAGUUCGACUCUCACCUUUGGCAAUUGACGAGAAACAUAAUUCACUUGGCUAAUAAUGGUCAGGCAUCGACAGCCAUCGCCCGACUGGUAAUGGUCAUUGAGCGUGAGGAAGAAGCUGAUAGCUCUGCCCAGCACGCGCAUUCACUGUACACCAAGAAGUCUGAGGCACGUGCCAUUAAAUCUUAUAGGAAACAAUUUCUAAUCAAGUUGCGAGACACUGUUACCGAGAUGUUUGAAAUUGCUCUAAAUAAAGUUAAGGAAUUCCCUUCACAAUUGAUUGACCAAUUAGAAUUUGUUUACAGGGAUCUAAAAUUGGUUAAGGAACAUAUCGCACUGCAAUUUCCUGCGCAUUACAACAUAACCUGUUUCUUUGUGCUGGCGUAUCAUGAGAAUGUACGCUUCUGGUUGGAUGUCGUCCUACAAGGUGAGCUAGACGCGGGAUCUAAAUUAAGAUUGAUUCGCUGGGUGCGUCAGUAUUACUCAAUAGUUGUCAAUGAGAUGCAGGUGUCAAGAGACCUGUUGGAGCCACAGCUUUUAGACGGCCAGGAACAGGCGUUAGUUGAUGAUUAUCUAAGCUUGAUGCGUGGCAAAUUCCAAGAGUGGAAGUCGAAUCUGUUGGAGAGUGAUAUUAGAGAAUUCAAACAACGUAUCGAGGAACCGAAUAAGGACCCCAACAAGAUGUUUGGUCUUACUGGUUCACCUAUACUGAUUAAUAUGAUUAAUCAACAAAUUGAUGUGGCUAUCGAGUCCACCCAUGAGAAAAUCUUGGCUGAUGUAAUCACCGAGGGUUGCCAGGUGAUGCGAGACGUACAGGAAGCUUGGAACAGGACGUUAAAAUCAGAACUCGCAUCAUUCCUCGAAAACAAAGAGGAGCUUCCCGGUGGCCUCCUGGAAUACAUUAUCGCUCUGGCCAACGAUCAACUCCACUUUGCGGACUUUGCUGAUGAACUGACAAAGAGUUUGACACCAGCAUUAUUAGGCGAACAUUUCGUCAGGAUAAAAAAAGAUCUCUUGAGUGUGAUGGAUGGAUACCUUCAUUUUUCCAUUGACGUUAUCGAUAGCAUUUUAUCUAUUAUAUUCGACGAUCUAAAAGAGCCGUUCCGAAAGUUGCAUUCUUCAACAACACGAAAUAAAGUAGAUCACAUGGAGGUUAUAGUCGUCACUCUUAAGGAUUACACGGACGAAUGUCAGAUGCACUUGAAACCAUACCUCUUCAAUAAGUUGAUGUCUCUCAUGGCUCAGCGCUUCGUGAUUGCAUACAUUCAAUCGAUGGGAAACAGGGGAUCCAGGUAUUGUAUGCCGGGUUGCCUCGAACGCAUGCAUCAAGACGUUCUCGUGGCACAAAAAUAUUUUGGAAUGUACCUUAGGCCAAAUGAACUGGAAAGACAAUUCGAUCCAAUCACAAAGAUCCACAAUUUUAUAAGCACCACUCAAGAAAUGGUUCAUCUAGACUAUCACGCGUUGAAGAAGUCGUAUGGAGAUGUCCCCCGAAGAUUUCUUAAGGUUAUUUUAUCAAAAAGAGAUGAUCUUGGCUUGCUUCAAUUGAAGAAUAUUAGCAAAAUAAUUAAAGCCAAAGAAUUGGCUGCUGGACAAUACGUAGGCGAACCAACCAUAUUUAGCAAGAUUGAGGUCAAUUAUGAGAGUUUUACUUCCGAACAAAUUAAGAAUGAGAUGGACACACUCAAGGAUGAUGUGAAACAAAUGAAACAUGGUUUGAAAGAGGCUUUUGGUAAAAUGAAACUGAGGAAUCGUUAUUAG